GCCCAGAGUUCAGAGCAGGCACCCAUGAAGGAUCCUCCCCCUUCCCUUGUCUCACUUUUCCUUUCUGUUUCUGGGUUUGAGAUACCCCUCAUGAUGUGCCCUUCAGACUCAGUCACAAAGGAGAGCUAAGGCAACAGAGCCUUCCCCUCUCCUCCUCUGACAAGGAGAUAUCCCCACAGAGGGCAUCUUCCUCCCCUCACCCCACCCCCAAGGUAUCAUAGAGACUGACAGACCGAACAAGUGAUCCAGAGAUCUGCCCCAGACAGCAGAAGCCCCAGUCAUCCACACAAAAUGUGUCCUGGCACUGCUGAGCCUCUCUGAAUUUGGGGAAGGCACCCCUAACCUGGCCCCGGACCACUCCUUCCAGCGCAGAGGUUGCCUUUGGAAUCAACACAGGGUGUGAUGGAAUUAAUCGGUCUCUCAUGCCACUUAUUCAGUUUCCUUGUCCCCAUUCUCUUCCUUGAGAUACCCACAUUGGCCUCAGGGAAGUUCUCAGUGAUUGGACCUACAGGACCCAUCCAGGCCUCAGUGGGAGAAGUUGCAGAGUUGCCAUGUUACCUCUCCCCAACACAAAGUGCAGAGCACAUGGGGGUGGUCUGGUUCCAAUCCACUCGGGUGGUACAUCUCUAUCAAGAUGGAGAAGAUCAAUUUGGAGACCAGGACCCUAAUUACCAAGGGAGGACAGAGCUAGUGAGAGAUUCUAUCUCUAGUGGGAAUGUCACUCUGAAGAUACGUGACAUGAGAUUCUUGGAUGAAGGAAGUUACAAAUGUCAUUUCGAAAAUGGUUUUAAUCAAGACGAAGCUGAUGUAAUGCUAAAAGUCUCAGAAUAUCUUAUACGGAACAGUCCCUGGCUGUGGGAAAUAAGUGGUAUCCUAGUUGUGUCUUGGGCAUUUGAAAUUGGAAUUGCCAUGUAUUUCCUGUGGAUCCUGCUACGAUGCCAAGGGUAUUCUCACAAGGAAGAGUCUGAUGAGCUAGACUGGAUGGACUGGGUGACCUUUCUGAUCUCACUUUUCCUGCCCUGGAGAAUGACCACAACACUUUUUACCCUGUUCAAAGGACUGUGCUGCUGCCAAAAUCAAAGGUUGCUGCUAGGAUCUGAAAGAAGCCCCAAGCCCAGCCCUCAAAGCUCUGUGGAUCCAAUGGCUGGCUGUGGGAUCACACAGGCAGCCUUGGAAGAUGGUCUCUGACCCUGAAGAGACUGUAAAGCCUUCCCUAUGUGCUUUCCUGAUGCCAUGGUAGCCAGUUAACAAAACAAUUCUGAGAUAUUGCCUCACACCUAUCAGAUUGGCUAAUACGA